CGACGGCGGUGGUGAAUGAAUUCUCCGGGCGGGAGAGGGAAGAAGAAGGGCUUAGCCGCCUCCAGCUCCCCGACGCGGGCCGCCGGGACUUCCUCUCCGCCCGGGGCCGGGCCGGCUCCCUCCGUCCAGCACCACCAGCAACAGGCAGCUGCGGCGACGGCGGCGGCGGCUUCCCCUCACAAGCGCAACCUCUACUACUUCUCGUACCCGCUGUUCGCCGCCUUCGCCCUGCUCCGCUUCCUGGCCUUCCAGCUGGGGCUGCUGUUCGCCUGGCUCUGCGAGCGCCUCUCCCGCGGCGGCAUCCUCAUGGCAGCCGCCAAAGGCACCGCCAGGGCCGGCGCCGCUCCCGAGACCGUGCGAGCCUGCCACAAGCGCGCCUUCGAGUGCAUCUCCACGCCGCUGCGCAUUGACGAAGACGAGGCCGCAGGACAAAAGGAACAAGCUGUUGAAUGGUACAGAAAGGGGAUUGAAGAACUGGAAAAAGGAAUAGCUGUGCUAGUUACUGGUCAAGGAGAUCAUUGUGAUCGAGCUCGCCGUCUCCAGUCUAAAAUGAUGACAAAUUUGGCAAUGGCCAAGGACCGUUUGCAGCUGUUAGAGAAGAUGCAGGCAGUUAAGCAAAUUCCCAAGCUGCAAAUGGAAAUCUGUAGUGACAGUACUAACCUGGUAUGCCGCAAUGGACAUCUCCAGUCAGAAAGUGGAGCUGUUCCAAAAAAGAAGGACCCAUUGACUCAAACGAGUAACUCACUCCCUCGUUCAAAAUCAGUGGCCAAAACUGGAUCUGUGGGGCUUUCAGGGCACCAAAGGACACCUAGUUAUAGUGGAAUAUCCAAUUUUUCUGUACCUAGACAAGGAACUGUUCCCGCAGCUUCAACUCAGAAGGCUACUCCAAAAAAUAAUAGAGCCAACAAGCCUUCUACUCCUACAACUGCUGUGCGAAAAAAGAAAGACAUGAAGGUUUUUAGAAACGUGGAUAGUAAUCUUGCUAAUCUUAUUCUCAAUGAAAUAGUAGACAGUGGGCCAUCUGUCAAAUUUGAUGAUAUUGCUGGGCAAGAGCUGGCUAAGCAGGCACUGCAAGAAAUUGUUAUUCUUCCUUCACUUAGACCUGAGCUGUUUACAGGCCUUAGGGCUCCUGCACGUGGAUUGUUGUUGUUUGGCCCACCAGGAAAUGGAAAGACGAUGUUGGCCAAAGCAGUGGCUGCAGAAUCAAAUUCAACUUUCUUUAACAUAAGUGCUGCAAGUCUAACAUCAAAAUAUGUUGGUGAAGGAGAGAAACUAGUUCGUGCUCUUUUUGCAGUAGCCAGAGAACUUCAACCUUCUAUAAUUUUUAUAGAUGAAGUGGAUAGUCUCUUAUGUGAAAGAAGAGAAGGUGAACAUGAUGCUAGCAGACGUUUAAAAACGGAAUUUUUAAUAGAGUUUGAUGGUGUACAGUCUUCAGGAGAAGACCGAAUACUUGUAAUGGGAGCAACUAACAGGCCACAAGAGCUUGAUGAUGCUGUUCUCAGGCGAUUCAUCAAACGAGUGUAUGUAUCAUUACCAAAUGAAGAGACACGACUGCUUUUACUAAAAAAUCUUUUGAGCAAGCAAGGAAAUCCAUUAACCCAAAAAGAGCUGGCACAGCUAGCUAGAAUGACAGAGGGAUACUCAGGGAGUGACUUAACAGCAUUAGCAAAAGAUGCAGCACUGGGUCCUAUACGAGAACUAAAACCAGAGCAAGUGAAGAACAUGUCUGCCAGUGAGAUGAGAAAUAUCAAAUUGUCAGACUUCACCGAGUCCUUGAAGAAAAUAAAAAGCAGUCUCAGCCCACAGACCCUGGAAGCUUAUAUUCGCUGGAACAAGGACUUUGGAGACACAACAGUUUAAUAUGCAUCUUUGUCAAAGGAAGGGAAGAAUGUUGCCAGCAAGGGACGGUUGAUGCAAACUGCUGCUGGAAUGUGACCAGAGUUUACAAGACUUUAUAGAACUCUAAAUAUCUGCACUAAAACAGGGAACUGACUUAAGGAAAAAACGGAUA